UAGAGGACCAGCAUGCACCUGGGUGGACCUAUGUUUUUUUUUUACCAGGCAACAAUAGCAAUGAUUUUUUCAUGAUUUUCCUGACAACUGGCCACUACAAUAUGCAUGUACAGUACAUAAUACCAAUAUAUCCUGCAGCACUUGAAGGCAUCGUGAGCACACCUGGGCGGAGCCAGGAAGAGGAAUGUACCUACAGUAACACUCAGGUAACACUCCAACAAGUACAGACAAGGGUUGCCUUUCACAUCCUAUCAAAGGGUGUUGCUGCUGAUGUGGUUGCAGAGUGAUGGGCCUGUCAAAGCGAGUGUCACUGUGGUCGGUGGAAGAAGUGUUGGAGUGGGUGCAGGAUCAGCACCCGACCCACAUGGACACGCUCCAGAAAGCCAUAAUUAAACACGCCAUAUCAGGCCGUGUGUUGCUGCGAUUAAAGGAUCAUCACCUGGAGCUCCUCGGGCUGGAGGCUGAGGAGCAGCAGCAGGAGAUCUGGCAGGACCUCCUCCUCCUUAGAGUUCAAGAAGAAAUCAUUGAACUUGAUGACAUCUGCUCUGAGUGUUUUUCUCCAUAGCGGGGAAUAAAUAUCUUCCGGAGAAUUGCAGCUUUUUUAUUUCCCAUCCAUUCAUUCAUCCAUGUGAAGGAAGAAGAAAAGUGGGAGUGAUGGAAACAACAAGAGAAGGUGAAAGAGAAAGACGAAUCAAUGAAGAAUGGAGAGAGAAAGAAACCCAUUUCCUGUGUGAAAUCUGACCUGUGCAGAUGGAUGAGAUUAGUUUUUGUCUGAGCGUCUUUUUUCUGAACCUUACUGUCCAUUCGUCUCUGUCUGCUGUCUUUCUCUUGCAGUGGGUUUACAUCCUAUCAGUGUGUCAUGGAAUAUUUUACGUUUAAACCACUUUGGUCAAGACUGAAAUAUCUCAACAGCUACUGGGUGGAUUGUAAUGAGACUUUGUGCAGACAUUCGUGAUCCCCAGAGGAUAAGUCCUCCUGACGUUUCCUCUAGCGCCACAAUGAGGUUCACAUUUAGGUUUUGAGUGAAAUGUCUCAACAACUAUUGGAUGGAUUACCAUGAAAUUUGAUACAGACGUACAUGUCCCCCUCAGGAUGAACUGUAAUCAGCAGUUGUAUGUGUCCGCCAACCAGCAAAGUUGCACCUUACGUCCAUGUUUGUCCAAAAUAUCAUCACUUUUGUGAAGACAUUUGUGUGAAAUUGUCAUAAUUACCAUAUGAAUCCUUGAGUUGUGGCCAAAAACCUGUUUUAUGAGGUCACAGUGACCUUUGACCACCAAAAUCCAAUCAGUUUAUCCUUGAACUUAUUGUUUGUGCCAAAUUUGAAGAUAUUCCUUGAAGGCGUUCUUGAGAUAUCUCGUUCACGAGAAUGGGUCGUACGGACAGGUAUAAAAAUGUAAUUUGUCCGACAAUUUGAUUUACGACCAAAUACCUGCAAAACUAAGGUCAGCCUCGGCUGCACUUUAGUUCUGUUUAGUGCUACUUAGCAAAUGUUAGCAUGCCAACACGCUAGAUAACAUACUGAACAUGGUUGUAACUGUAGUAGAUCAUGUGUCUGUGUGCUACAGGGCGCUCUACUGACUGAUAGGGUUGUAUUACACUUGUUUAUAGGAACACGGGGAAAUUACAGGAAGAUGCAGAAAGAGAAAAAAAAAUCUGAGUAACUGCGUUUCCAUUUCAACAUUUCUGUGUCGAAUCCAAACAGUAAAACUUCCUCCUGCUGUUUGCUCUUCUCUCUCUCACACACACACACAGUGACUGAUAUUCAUUUUAAAAUCCAGCUGUUGAUUUAAAUCUCUUGUUUCUAUUUGAAAUGUCUGUCCUUGUAUUUUUGUCUGAUAUACCACAAACAAUGCAUUGUUUCUCUAAAGAGAGUUACAGAACAUCCUCUAACUUCUCUGGAUUUGAUCCUGUUUUGUUUUCUGAUACAUACUGGAUAAUGUGAUUAUCCCAUCCCAUUUUAACUGGCUGCAACUAAGACUUAUAACUUAUGAAUGUCUUUAAUGCAUCUGGUCUUAAAACUUUCAGAUGCCUAUUUCACAUGAUGCUCUACUUACUUUAUUUAUGAUGUUGGCCUCCUUUUAUUCGAGGCAUCAACAGCACUCCACAUUUGUAUUACAUGCAGUAAAAGGUCAUCUCUAUUUCUGAACAUGUUUUCAUGGUUGGUUGAAUUAAAAGUGCUGCUUUGGCAACACAAACCUGC